GUAAUCCAUUAAUUUCAAGUUGAUUGGGAAAAUGUUGAAGUUGCCGUUCGAGGUGACCUUUGAGUCUCUCAAAACGGAGCUCAUGCAAAUACUACCCAAUAACCAGCUGCUGGGGGCAGCCGUUGCUCUUGCUUUGGUUGCCAUUUCUGCUGCCUAUAUAUAUUGCACCAGCAAACCCAAAGCCAUCAAAGUCCACGGAGUCCAUCUCUCAACAGCUACACAGCGGGUUCUAGCUACCCUUUAUGAGAAAGAGCUUGAAUUUGAGCUUGUUCCUGUAGACAUGGAAGCUCGUGAACAUAAAAAAGAACCCUUCCUCUCCCUCAAUCCAUUCGGUCAAAUUCCUGCUUUUGAAGAUGGAGAUUUGAAGCUCUUUGAAUCAAGGGCAAUUAAUAAGUACAUUUCCCACAAGCAUGCUGACAAGGGGACCCGUCUGGAAAGCGGAGACAUGAAGCAGAAAGCAAUCAUAGGGGUGUGGAUGGAGGUGGAGGCCCACCAAUUCGACCCGGCAGCUUCAAAGCUUACUUGGGAGUUGGCAGUGAAGCCAGUGUUAGGCAUGGUCACCGACAAGGCAAUUGUGGAGGAGAACGAAGCAAAGCUGUCACAAAGUGUUGGGUCCAAUACUCGAUCAACUGGUAAAAGCAAGGCACGUGUUGUGGGCAAGAAAGCUAAGGCGGUGAAAAGUAGUGGCAGUGGUGGUCCUAGCCAGUCAUCAAAUGCAAUAAAGAAUAAAGAGGCCUUGAAGAAGAAGAAUACAGCAUCUGGGUCAACCGCUGGUCCACAAGCAUCAACCAUACUGAAGAAGGGUAAGGGGAAAGGUCAGCCUACACAUGCUCCACGUGAAUUUGUAAUCCCCAGACUUGUUGAUGAAAGAGAGCACACCCCUCCCCCUGGAUUUGGAGCAGAAAGAGGCGCAACACCUCCACCUGUUGAAGGCCAAAAUGACGAUCUCGCCCCCUUUGAACCUGGGGUAGGAAUUACCUUACCUGCAUCAUGGGGCAGGGUGGAAGGUACAGAAGAUUCCCUUGAAAUUCCUGUAAUGGUCACAGGAGGUCCUGCAUCAAGGACUCGUACAUCUGAUAGGAUUAGAGGUAUUUUCCGUAGUACACCGACCCGGGCUCCUGUACAUAUUGACCUCACUGAAGAGGUCCCCGCUGGAACUCAACCUUCACGUACAGGGCCUAGAACUAGAGGUGGUGGAACUGGACGGAAAACUAUGGGUGGUGGACCAAGACGGGCUAAAAUGGGGAGGGGAUUUGCAAUUCGAGGUGGUGUAGGCAUUGAUGUUGCAGGCAGAGGUGGGGCAGGUAGAGGUGGGGUAGGCAUAAGUGUUGCAGGCAGAAGUGGUGCAGGCAGAGGUGGUGUAGCUGCACCUACUACUGCUGCACCUCCACAUGCUGAUGGUACUAUAGCAAAGUCUGAUAAUAUCGCAAAGUUGAAAGGAGAACGCAUUGCAACAACAGUAGAAAAGGGUAUUGAAAUUAUGGAAGGCUUUGUGGAAAGACCAGGUCUUCAGAAGCUCGGUAUUGUUCUGAAUCUUGAUUCAGACAAGAAAGGAGUUGGUGGAAAUGCUGUAGCAAGUAAUGAAACAGAGGUUCCUUCCAAGAGAAACCCAUCUAAAGAGUUGUGGUAUCAUGGGUCCGUUGAGAUUCCGUAUCAUGGGUCCGUUGAGAUUGAUUGCAUCUUCCUCUUCCUUUUCUAUCUCUUGUUUGUUCUAAAUUACUCAUCACCAUCUGCAAUCAUGGCACCCAUCAAAGUCCAUGGACUCCCUCUCUCACCAGCUACACAGCGGGUUCUAGCUACCCUUUAUGAGAAAGAGCUUGAAUUUGAGCUUGUGCCUGUAGACAUGAAAGCUGGUGAACAUAAGAAAGAACCCUUCCUGUCUCUCAAUCCAUUCGGUCAAAUUCCAGCUUUUGAAGAUGGAGAUUUGAAGCUCUUUGAAUCAAGGGCAAUUACUAAGUACAUCGCCCACCAGUAUGCUGACAAGGGGACCGAUCUGGCAUGCGGAGACACUAAACUGAAAGCAAUCAUAGGGGUGGCGAUUGAGGUGGAGGCUCACCAAUACGACCCGAUAGCUUCAACGCUUUCCUGGGAAUUGGCAUUGAAGCCAGUGUUUGGCAUGGUUACCGACAAGGCAGUUGUGGAGGAGAACGAAGCUAAGCUGGCUAAGGUUCUUGAUAUUUAUGAGGGUCGGCUGGCUCAUUCAAAAUACUUGGCAUGUGACUGCUUCACCUUGGCAGAUUUGCACCACCUGCCCACUGUUCAAUGCUUGUUGGGCACAGAAGCCAAAAAGCUCUUUGAUUCACGCCCCCAUGUCAGUGCCUGGGCAGCUGAUAUCACGGCACGGCCAGCUUGGUGCAAGGUCCUUGCCCUGCAGAACCACUAAGGAGUACUAGCCGCUGCCUGCCGGUCACUUACGUUCAAUAAGAAUUGAGUUUUAAUCUCAUCCAGUUUGAGUCUACUGUUAGUCUCCCGUGUCCAGUGUGGAAGCUGAUAUUUUGCGUUGCUUUAAUGAGCUGUACUGGUGUCUUGCCUUCAAUCAUCGAGUUGAAGGCAUGAAGUUUAUGAACUAUUUCAUAAUUCUAAAU